AUGACCAUCAAAUGGUUAGAUGCACCAAUAACCUCUGCAUCAUCAACUUCAAAUUCGUCAAUUGGCAGCACUACUACAACUACAGCAUCAUUAAAUGCCUAUUUUUCAAAUGUAGAGGAAGAAUUAAAUAAAAAACUUGAUAAUGAAAUUGACCAAUUUGUUGUUUCGUUUCGUGAUAUUGUAAAAGGUUCAGGUAUCCGUGAAUCUAUUAGAGUACCUGGUAGAGAUACUGACAAAUCAGUUGAAAAAGAUAAAUAUAAAAAUGCAUUGGAUGGACUGGUAGAUGAAUUACGUGCAGCAAACAUGGUUCGAUGUUGUGAAAGUCUAUUGAGUUUGACACAUGAUUUAAAAACAACACUUUUAUUAAAUGAUACUCAAACUUUAUUAAAAUUGCAAGAAAAUCGUAAAAAUGAUUUACUUUCUCGAACUCAAAAGAUAAAAAACAAAGUACUGCAGCUUAAUGAAGCUGUCACACAAGCAAUUUGGGAAAUGGAAAGUGUAUUAGGAGGAGAAGGUAGCAGCAAUCAACAACUUGAUCCAAGUAAAAUGUAG